AUGCAGGUUUCAGGUUUUACAAAACUCACAGACAGCGACAUCCGAGCAAUCGUAGGCAGCUCCAUGUUCAUCGAUAUGCCGUGCCCGACAGAUUUGUUCCUCGAGCUUGUCCACAUUACCCGGCUGCGCGUGCUCGUCGCCAAUGGCUCCAUCCUGCCAGCUCACACGCAGACCAUUGCCGACACCAUCUUUGCCAGAAUAGACGGCUUCGAUCCGAACCGCUGGACGGAGAGGUCGUAUAAGCUGCCCGACAGCCCCGUCAUUGCCAGCAUCGCGCACACGUACAAGGCGGCCGUGCUCCUGUACGGCAUCAUGACCCUGCCAGUGUCAACGUUUGCCCCUUGGUCCGCAUCCCGAGGAGGCAACGGCGUAUCACAUUCCUACCGUCACCUGCUCACGGCGCAUCGCAACGAGCUCCUCGCGCACGCGCGCAAGGCGUGGACCUUGCUGCGGUCGCAGUCGGCGCUGUGCUGGCCGCUCAUUGUCGCCGGCGUCGCGCUCGUCAACGGGCCGCCGGAGGAUCAGGCGUUUGUCGCGUCGAGCAUCCGCACGAUAUGGCUGCACCCAAACGCAUACUGCGGGCCGAUUGUUUGCCUGGACAAGAUACAGGCGCUGUGGCGGUCUGGCAAGACGGGCUGGGAGGACUGCUUCGACGAGCCCGUCCCACCCGUUCCGUAG